AUGGACGGGUUUUUGGAUCCUAAUUGGUGCAAUUGGCUUCUUGAUUCGUUAUUCUGCGCUUGGCUCAUCGACGAGAUAGUCGAUGCUCGUCGUAGGACCCUGAAAUCUGAAAGGCCCCAGGGCUAUAAAAUUGUGGUCGGAAUGACAAAGCUCAACCUAGGACCACCGUCCAAACUCGCCUUUCUGUAUAGACGCUUAAAUUCAUACCCUUUCGUACCUCCGUCGGAUUUACUUGCGACGAUGGUUACUGCUGUCUAUAUACCUAACACUCGCCGUCUUCGCUCUGGUUGUACCGCUUCGGAGACCUUGAAGAAGCUGCCCGGUACAGUGACGAGUCAUACGAAACAUUCUUCCUCCACCUCCUCUUCUUGCUCAUCCUCAUCCUCGCCUUCUACCUCCGAAACUUCAGUAUCUACCUCCACCGCGAUGCGCACACGGAUGAACGAUGAUCAGAGGAGGGCGAAACUGGAGAGAGAUCUUGACAUUGUCCCGGGCACCGUUCAUCCACGGACAGUCACCUGCAGAGGAUGCGAACACACAAUUCGUUUGGAUACCAAGAUCAAGUAUGGUGACUCCAACUGGAGGACUCAUAAGAAGAAGUGUGUCAAACUAAGGGAGGAAGAUCGGACGAUUUCGGACAUUCUUCUGUCGCUCAACGUUGAGGUCCGAUUACAGAAAAUUUCGAGUUCUUCUCAGGCAGAUCCUUCAGAAGAUUUGGCGGAGCUCGAGUACUGUGCUGUUCAAGCUUUGCGGGACGUUCAGAGAAGGAUGGACCACUCUACGUUCUGA